GGUGUGGCGCCAGCCCCGCGAGAUAACUUCGAGCGUAAAGUCGCGUUUUGAGCGAAAACGCUUGCAUUUCACGUAGAUUUCGUUAAUCUCUCCACGAGACCUGACAGCGCGACUGGCGCUCUUUCCCAUCAACAAAAGCCCCACUUUAAUCCAGUCGAUAAGCUUGGCAGAAGGUGCGCCCCGUCGUCGGUGCGCACGCGCGUGAGCGGGCGCAGCAGAGCUCUACAAGCCCACGGCAUGUCCAUGGCAUGUCCGCUGGCGCGUGGCAUCGCACUGACACCCGCACUGACUGACUGCCCGUCGAGCCGAUCGGCCGGACAAGUCGGACAAGUCUUGGGACUCCGCCAAAUUCAUCCAAUGAAUGGCUCCUCGUGGCGACGCGAGGGGCGACACUCUGCAUACGGUCAUCGCGCGGAGUCACCAGUGCGUGGGAGGCGUGCCUCACCGCGUCCCAGGCACCCGUCUUCUUCCCACAGGCGCCUGCAGCUAGUCGGCCGCCAUGAAGAAAUACGGCGCCGACCCCAAAGACGCCAAGAGCGGCGGAGCUUUCGGCAGCAAUAGCAGCGCAAGCACCAAGAACAACACGAGCAAGACCGAGUCCAAGUACUCGUCCGCGCAAGGCACCAAGGACAAGUGUACCGAGAGCAAGUACUCGUCACAGCAGGGUCUCGGCGGCGCGGCCAAGCAGGACAAGUACUCGACCGAGACCAAGUACUCGGCGCAGCGCGGCGCCGGGGCGAAGCCCGACAAGUACUCGACCGAGACCAAGUACUCGGUGAAUAAAGGCGGGGCAUCCGAAACCACCAAGUACUCGUCCCAGUCAAAGUACUCGACGGGGACCGCGGGGCUGGAGCGGCGGGCGAGCUACAAGAGCGUCGAGCGUUGGGACAACGAGAAGAACGCAGCGCGGGAAAAGGAAAAGUCCCAGAGCAAGGACAACAAGUACUCUGGGAAGGACGACAAGUACUCUACGAAAGACACGGGCAAGGACGACAAAUACAAGACCUCCAACACGGCCUCAACUGGCUGGUCCAAAGACAAGGACGACAAAUACAAGACCUCUAACACGGCCUCAACUGGCUGGUCCAAAACCAAGGACGACCCCAAGGCCAAGCAGUACUCCUUCUUCUCCUCCGCCGCCACCAAGGACACGGCGUGGAGCAAGGAUAAAAACGACAAGUCCAAGUACUCCCUGUCGACGAAGGCCGAGACCAAGGGCGACUACAAGUCGUCCUCGUCCUCCUCCUGGUGCACCAAGGCCUUCUCCUCGGCUGACCCGCGGUACGACCUGCAGAGCGGCAGGGCCUUCUCCUCGCAGACAGCCUCCUCGACGUGGGAGGACAGGAACCGCGGGCGGGCCUUCCCCUACGACCGCGACCACGAGCUCCGCCGCUCCCUCAACAGGUACGAGACGGAGAACCUGAAGAACCUGGAGCCAAAGUAUCGGAACGCGGUCCUGACGGCAAACGGCACGGGGAUGGCGUCGGCGGUGUCGGUGGUCGGGGCGUCCGGGGUGGGAGGCGCGGGGCGGGCCGUGGAGUCGACCCGGCUGAGGGAGGACCACGGGUCCGGGGCCGCCACCACGGGCUGCCACAACUGUUCCUUGCAGUGACGACGGCCGGGCAGAGAUGUUGCCUCACCGCGGUAAAUGCCAAAAAUGUGUGUUCUACGUCACUGUGCCAUUAUGUACUUAACAUAUUGUGUUUAAAGAUAAGAAGAGAGGGUGUGGUUGUGUCGAUAUUACUAACUCUGCAAUCAUGUGUGUGUGUGGGUGUACCAUAUGUAUGAAUAGUGCACAUUAUUUUAUACCAAUUUUGAAAUAAAAAUAAAUAAAAACCUUAAAAAGUA